GCCGACGCUCUCUGCUCGCGUUCGGGCUCGCGAUGGGGAAGAAGUCCCGGGCGGUACCCGGCCGCAGGCCCAUCCUGCAGCUCUCACCGCCCGGCCCCCGGAGCAGCACUCCGGGACGCGACCCGGAGCCAGAGGCUGACGCCGAGACGGACUCGACGGCCGCGGCUGCUGGCCAGGCAGCCCCGGUGACGACCACGACGGCCGCCGCCACGGCGGCCCCGGAGGACUCCGCGUCCGAAGGUGGAGAUGAGCAAGAAGUGGUGGUGGACGUUCCCAGAGUAAUUCCGAAUCCUCCAAAGCCGGUCAUGACUACCAGGCCCACAGCCGUUAAAGCAACAGGCGGACUGUGCUUGCUCGGUGCUUACGCUGACAGCGACGAUGAUGAGAGUGAUGUUUCUGAGCAAGCAGCGCAGCCGUCGGAGGCCAACGGGAACCAGUCAGCUGACAUUGACAGCACCUUGGCCAACUUUUUAGCGGAGAUUGACGCCAUCACAGCUCCUCAGACGGCAGCUCCCGCAGCGGCUUCUGCCCCACCUCCAACACCACCUCGCCCGGAGCCCAAGGGGGCAGCCGCGUCUGCCCUUUCUUCUGCUACUGCAAAUGGAACAGACUCUGCCCACGCAUCCGGGUGGCAUUAUGAUACUCAGUGUUCGCUGGCAGGAGUUGGAAUUGAGAUGGGAGAUUGGCAAGAAGUUUGGGAUGAGAAUACAGGAUGCCAUUAUUAUUGGAACACUCAAUCAAAUGAAGUGACUUGGGAAUUACCCCAGUAUCUCGCCACCCAAGUGCAGGGAUUACAGCAUUAUCAGCCCAGUUCUGUAACAGGUGCUGAAGCUAGUUUUGUGGCAAAUACAGACAUCUAUGCCAAGGAUAAAACUGUUUCUGGGAGUAAAAGUGGACCAGUGGUAGCCAAGCGAGAAGUUAAAAAGGAGGUGAAUGAAGGAAUUCAGGCUUUGUCAAAUAAUGAGGAGGAGAAGAAAGGUGUGGCAGCCUCGCUCCUCGCUCCCUUAUUGCCUGAAGGAAUAAAAGAAGAAGAAGAGAGAUGGAGAAGAAAAGUAAUUUGUAAAGAAGUCGAGCCUAUAUCAGAAGCAAAAGAAUCGAGUGCCGCCGUAGAAGAGGGAGCCGCCGUGGUGAAGCCGCAGGACAGUGUGUUGGACAGUAUAGAAGACGCUUCGCAGGAGGGCCUCUGCAGCGUGGUGCAGUCCGGAGAGAGCGAGGAGGACGAGGAGCAGGACACCCUGGAGCUGGAGCUGGUUUUGGAAAGGAAAAAGGCCGAGUUGCGAGCCUUGGAGGAAGGAGAUGGAAGUGUAUCAGGGUCUAGUCCCCGUUCUGAUAUCAGCCAGCCUGCAUCUCAAGAUGGCAUGCGUAGACUUAUGUCUAAGAGAGGAAAGUGGAAGAUGUUCGUUCGAGCUUCCAGUCCCGAAUCCACAAGCCGGAGCUCUAGCAAAACUGGACGAGAGACUCCUGAAAAUGGAGAAACUGCACUUGGUGCUGAAAAUUCAGAAAAAAUAGAUGAGAAUUCAGACAAAGAGAUGGAAAUAGAAGAAUCUUCAGAGAAGAUGAAAGUACAGACAGCACCUAAAGUAGAGGAAGAACAAGAUUUGAAGUUUCAGAUUGGAGAACUGGCAAAUACCCUGAUGAGUAAAUUUGAGUUCUUAGGCAUUAAUAGACAGUCCAUCUCCAACUUUCAUGUUCUGCUAUUACAGACUGAGACUCGAAUUGCAGACUGGCGAGAAGGAGCUCUUAAUGGAAUCUACCUUAAACGAAAACUCCAGGAUGCAGCAGAGCAACUAAAACAGUAUGAAAUAAACGCCACUCCUAAAGGCUGGUCCUGCCACUGGGACAGGGAUCAUAGACGAUAUUUCUAUGUAAACGAACAGUCGGGCGAAUCUCAGUGGGAGUUCCCAGAUGGUGAGGAAGAGGAGGAAGAAAGCCAAGCCCAAGAAAAUAGAGAAGAGACACUUGCUAAACAGACCUUGAAAGACAAAACCAGCACGGAUUCAAAUUCUACAGAAUCUACUGAGAAUGCUACAGGUUCCCUUUGCAAAGAAUCCUUUUCUGCUCAAGUUUCUUCUUCAUCACUCAUGCCACUUACUCCGUUCUGGACCCUCCUUCAGUCCGAUGUGCCUGUGCUUCAGCCACCGUUACCUUUGGAAAUGCCCCCACCCCCGCCCCCGCCUCCAGAUUCCCCGCCCCCGCCUCCGCCACCGCCUCCUCCCGCAGAAGAUGGCGAGAUCCAGGAGGUGGAGAUGGAGGAUGAGGGGAGCGAGGAGCCUCCUGCCCCAGGAACAGAGGAGGACACACCUUUGAAACCUUCACCACAAACCACAGUUGUCACUAGCCAGAGCUCAGCUGAUUCUACUCUAUCCAGUUCUCCUUCCGUUAAAGCGAUCAAGAGAAAAGCUGCAGAAAUGAGCACUUCAGUGGUUCAGAGAUCGGCAACCAUUGGCAGUUCCCCUGUCCUCUACAGCCAAUCAGCUGUCGCCCCGGCUCACCAGGCCGCAGGAGUUGCACACCAUGCCGCAGGAAUUGGACACCAGGCACUCUCAGUUAGCCAUGCCGCAGCAGGAAUGGGUCAUCACACCAGGGGAAUGAGCCUGCAGUCAAAUUACCUUGGACUGGCAGCAGCACCUACAAUCAUGAGUUACGCUGACUGUUCCGUCCCUCUUGGAGUGGCUGCUGCCUCACUGCAGUCCGUUCAGGCCCGGGCUGUCGUACCCACCACUGCCCUGAUAGAGCCGCCGCCCCCUCCGCCGCCGCCGCCGCCACCUCCUCCUACGCCACCACCACCUCCUCCAGCUCCCAAGGUGCCACCGCCUGAAAAGACGAAAAAGGGAAAGAAAGAGAAGGCAAAGAAAAGUAAAACCAAAAUGCCAUCAUUGGUCAAGAAGUGGCAGAGUAUCCAGCGUGAGUUAGAUGAAGAGGAGAACUCGAGUUCCAGUGAAGAGGACCGGGAGUCGACCGCCCAGAAGCGCAUCGAAGAGUGGAAGCUGCAGCAGCUGGUCAGUGGCAUGGCAGAAAGGAAUGCUAAUUUUGAAGCCCUUCCUGAGGACUGGCGAGCAAGACUAAAGAGAAGGAAAACGGCUCCAAAUACAUAGUUAAAACUUUUGAAAAAAAACUUUGUCUAUGUACAUUCAUUUCCCAGUCUUAAAACCAGUUUUGCCCUUGUCAGAUGAACUGUAAAUGUGCGGUGGCGAGCAUAUGCAUUUGCAUAUGCAUUUUCCGAGCAAGAGCAUAUGCACAUAAUGUUUUCACAUUUGUGAAGUGUGAGUUUUCUGUUGCCCUGAAGGGAGAGGCUAUUGGAAUUAUUCGGGCCUGGUGCUGAAAAACGAUGCAUGUCGGGCCUGGCAAGCUCAUCACUCUGAAAACGUGUGGCACCUUGAGGCGUCGUCAGCAGAAAGCACCGGAGCCUCCUGCUCAUGGAGCUCACUUCUGCUUCAAAACAAGUGCAAUUAAGG